AAGAGAUCUUCCCCAGAUUUCAACAACAGAGAUACCGAGGAGGAAGAAGAAUAAAUGUGGGAAUCCAUCUGUUUAACAUUGGCAGCCACUGCCGGUAAUAACAUUGGCAAAGUUCUACAAAAGAAGGGCACCGUUAUUCUCCCUCCUCUCUCCUUAAAGCUCAAGGUGAUAAGAGCAUAUGCUGUUAAUAAAUCAUGGGCGAUUGGGUUUCUGAUCGAUAUAUCUGGUGCCUUGUUGAUGCUGAGAGCGUUAUCUAUGGCUCCGGUAUCCGUCGUUCAACCGGUAUCCGGCUGCGGGCUUGCCAUUCUUUCGAUCUUUUCGCACUUCUAUCUACAAGAAGUCAUGAAUGUUAUUGACUGGAUGGGGAUUACAUUAGCUGGCAUUGGCACCAUAGUUACACCUUUCGGGCAGACUCGUGGCCUAAAGCACGGUAGAGCGAUUGUGAUAUCCACAUGUGCUGCUGUGGCAUCGAUCGUGACAGGCAUACUGGCUGGUAUGCUCGCAUUGCGUGAACGGUUGCCUUCACCAGUUUCUCGUCUUUCACUUCUGCUCGGAUGGUUAUUUAUCAUGAUGGGAGUGCUAUUGCUUGUGAGUUCAACGAGACUGAUGCGGCACCUUCCAUGGCCGUUGCAGAACUUAAUACCUUGUGGAAUGGAUCGGAAUUUCUGUCUAAGGAGAACAGGGUCCCAUCGAGUCAAGGAUCCUAGCCCGGCUGCUGUCAUUCCAGCAGCCACAUUGCACCAUCUGAUAUCAGCACCGGCUAAGGCGAAGGCGUAACCAAAGAAAGCUAAGGAUCACUGUAUAUUCAUACAUUAUACGCCGAUCCUCCGAGUAACUUUCGAGUGUCUAUUUGUUUGACGUUAUAAAGUGUGAAAUUUGUAAAAUAAAACUAUUCUAAACUACCAUAGUCCAAUAUACUUGGUUUCUUGC